AUGAAGACCAGCAAACAAGAUUUAGGCGUGAGACAUGGUCUUGCUCUUAACCGAGAUGAUACUACUAUUAAACUUGUUUAUGCACCUUCGAAAUUAAUUCCCGAAAUAAUGACUGCUUAUCAUGAUCAUCCAUUAAGUGGUCAUUUUGGUACUGGACGUACAUGGUCUAUGCUAAGAAAUACAUAUUAUUGGCCACGUAUGAAAGAUACAGUAACAUCUUAUAUUAAAUCAUGUGAUAAAUGUUCACAAUUUAAUGUGGAUCGGCAUAAACCUCCAGGACUUUUACAACCUAUUCAGCCACCUAAUGAAGUCUUUCAAGUACUAGGUAUGGAUUGGUGGGGUCCCACCACUACUUCGCUUUCUGGAAAUCGAUAUGUUUUAGUUAUAACUGAUCGUUUAUCUGGUUAUGUUUUUGCUAAAGCAUCACCUACAAAUACAGCUCAAGAUACUGCUCGCAUCUUAAUGGAAGAUAUCAUCUUAGUUCAUGGUUCACCCGACACAAUUAUUACUGAUCAAGGAACACACUUCAAGAACGAACUGCUACAAGCUAUUUCAAAUUUAGUUGGCUGUAAACAAAUUUUUUCGACACCAUAUCAUCCACAAACAAAUGGACAAACUGAAAGAUGGAAUUCGACAUUCGUCACACAAAUCGCCAAAUAUUGUAAUACUGAUCUCAACAAUUGGGACGCAUUUUUACCAUCUAUCGUUUAUGCUUACAAUAAUGGUAUACAUAGCUCAACUGGAAUUAGUCCAUAUCAAUUAGCAUUCGGACGACGACCACGUCAUCCAUUUAAUCCUCAUGCAACUACCUUCGUUUUCAGCAAACCACAUGAUUAUUGGACGCAAAAAAUCGUAAUAGUACUUACAUCCAACAAAUUAGCUUUAUUCGCGUCUGCACGACGCUUCCUUCCUUGGCAUUUGUGUUUNGUAAUUAUUCAACAAAUAAUUCAACAAAUUCGAAAUAAUCGUCGCUAUGAAUCGUUUAUUAUUCAACAUGGUAUUCUGUAUAAAUUAGUUAACCGCGAUGAUACUACUAUUAAACUUGUUUAUGCACCUUCGAAAUUAAUUCCCGAAAUAAUGACUGCUUAUCAUGAUCAUCCAUUAAGUGGUCAUUUUGGUACUGGACGUACAUGGUCUAUGCUAAGAAACACAUAUUAUUGGCCACGUAUGAAAGAUACAGUAACAUCUUAUAUUAAAUCAUGUGAUAAAUGUUCACAAUUUAAUGUGGAUCGGCGUAAACCUCCAGGAUUUUUACAACCUAUUAAACCUCCUAAUGAAGUUUUUCAAGUAUUAGGUAUGGAUUGGUGGGGACCCACCACCACUUCGCUUUCUGGAAAUCGAUAUGUUUUAGUUAUCACUGAUCGUUUAUCUGGUUAUGUUUUUGCUAAAGCAUCACCUACAAAUACAGCUCAUGAUACUGCUUGUAUAUUAAUGGAAGAAAUUAUCUUAGUUCAUGGUUCACCCGACACAAUUAUUACUGAUCAAGGAACACACUUCAAGAACGAACUCUUACAAGCUAUUUCACAUUUAGUUGGUUGUAAACAGAUGUUUUCGACACCAUAUCAUCCACAAACAAAUGGGCAAACGGAACGAUGGAAUUCGACAUUCGUAACACAAAUCGCCAAAUAUUGUAAUACUGAUCUAAACAAUUGGGACACAUUUUUACCAUCUAUCGUUUAUGCUUACAAUAAUGGUAUACAUAGCUCAACUGGAAUAAGUCCAUAUCAACUAGCAUUCGGACGACGACUACGUCAACCAUUAAAUCCUAAUGCAACUACCUUCGUUUUCAGCAAACCACAUGAUUAUUGGACGCAAGUGAUACAAUACAGAAAUGCAGCUUAA